AUGGCCGAAAAGCCACGCCAAAAGACCGCCAUCAUCAUCGGCGCAGGAGUCGGAGGAGUCUCCACAGCCGCCCGCCUAGCUAAAGCAGGCUUCAAAGUCACCGUCCUCGAGAAGAACUCCUUCACCGGAGGCCGCUGCAGUCUAAUCCACUACAACGCGAACGCCCACGACACUUCUUCCUCCUCCACCUACCGUUUCGACCAAGGUCCCUCCCUCCUCCUCCUCCCCCACCUCUUCCACCGCACCUUCCACGACCUCGACACAAGCCUCGAAUCCGAAGGCGUGCACCUCCUAAAAUGCGAGCCAAACUACGCCAUCUGGUUCGGCGACGGCCAAAACUUCCAAAUGUCCAGCGACCUAGCGCUCAUGAAACGCGAAAUCGAAAAAUGGGAAGGCAAAGCCGGAUAUUCAAGAUUUCUGCAGUACCUCAGUGAAGGGCAUCGACAUUACGAACUUUCGGUCGAACAUGUUUUGUUAAAGAACUUUACGAGUUUGGGGAGUAUGUUGAGGUGGGAGUUUUUGAAGAGGUUGUUUGAGUUGCAUCCUUUUGAGAGUAUUUGGGGAAGAGCGAGGAAGUAUUUUUGGAGCGAGAGGUUGAGGAGGGUUUUUACGUUUGGGAGUAUGUAUAUGGGUAUGUCGCCGUUUGAGGCGCCGGGGACGUAUAGUUUGUUGCAGUAUACCGAGUUGGCGGAGGGGAUUUGGUAUCCGGUUGGAGGGUUUCAUAGAGUUGUGGAGGCGCUGGUGAGGGUUGGGGAGAGGUUGGGGGUGGAGUAUCGAUUGGAUACGGCGGUGGAGAGGAUUUGGUUGAGUGAGGAUGGAGGGAAGGUUAAAGGGGUGGUGCUGGGGGAUGGCGCGAAAUUGGAGGCUGAUGUGGUGGUGAAUAAUUCGGAUCUGGUCUACGCGUAUGAGAAUCUCUUGCCUGAAAGUGAGUAUGCGGAAAGUUUGAAGAGUCGGCCGGGAAGUUGUAGUAGUAUAUCUUUCUACUGGGCUUUGGAUCGACAAGUCCAAGAGUUGGGAGCACAUAACAUCUUCUUGGCUGAUGAGUACCGCGAAAGCUUCGACAGCAUUUUCAAACGACAUCUCAUCCCAGACGAACCGAGUUUCUACGUCAACGUCCCAAGCCGAAUCGAUCCUACCGCAGCUCCCGAAGGCAAAGACAGCAUCGUCGUCCUCGUCCCGGUCGGCCACCUCAUCGAAGACAACCAAACUUCUACACCUACCUCCCCAAAAACCACAACCAAAACCCAAGACUGGCCCUCCAUGAUCUCCCUCGCCCGAAAAACCAUCCUCUCCACAAUCACCUCCCGCACAGGCGUCGACAUCACCCCUAACAUCCUGCACGAACUCUCCAACGACCCUUCCACCUGGAAACAAACCUUUAAUCUCGACCGCGGCGCAAUCCUCGGUCUUUCACAUUCUUUCUUCAAUGUCCUGUGCUUCAGACCUACAACCCGAGCUCGAAGACCGAAUCCUCUCACAGACAAGUACGUGGCGAAAUUAGGUGUGGUGGGUCGUGUGUUGGAGGUUGUCAUAGAUUUUUUUCGGGGGAGAAAUAGGGAUGUACAGGGUUUGUAUAUGGUUGGGGCGAGUGUGCAUCCGGGAACGGGUGUGCCGAUUUGUUUGGCUGGUGGGGGGUUAGUUGCGAGGCAGGUUUGUGAGGAUUUUGGGGUUGAGGUUCCGUGGGCGCAGCAUAGUGAGAGGGGAGGGGAGAGGGUGGGGAGACUUGAUCGCUUGGAGAGGCCGGUUUGGGUGGAUAGUUGGGAGCAGUGGGUUGGGAUUUUGCUGGUGCUUGCGGUUGGGCCUUGGGUGUUUUGUAUUUUGGGGUUGUGGUGGGGAGGAAGGGGUCAUUGA